AUGGUCCUCACAAGAUACCAAUUGGUGACCCGCGCCGAGGCCCUCGCUAAGAUGACAUUCGAGCUCAACAUGCGCCGUCUAGAAGCCCAGGUCAACGACCUGCAGCGCGACGUGGGCAAAGUGGUCCGCGCCACAGCCGAGGACAAGGACUUCCGCAGCCAGAACGAGACAAGGCUGUCCAAGCUGUGGGGGGAGAUGCUAGCCGUGAGGCAGCAGGUAGCCAGGGUGGAGGAGACGCAGACGCGGACGCGGACGCAGCCCGAUCUCGAGACUUGCCAGAGUGAGACGAGGGAUCUGGUUGAUGGGUUGCGGAGCGAGAUGGCAGAGCUGAGAGGCCUGGUGGAUGUUAUUACGAAGCAGAUGGACGGUCUGGCGUCAUCUUCGGCAGCAGCAGCGGCGGCAGCAUCGCCGCCAACGACAACCGCGCCACAAAACAAUAGCCAACAGUCCGGUGGGAAUAGCGGCCAGACCCUUCGGAAGGACGACUCAGGGUUACCAGGCCAUACUGGUGCCCACUACUCCGCGGCGGCGGCCGGCAGACGUCUCGACGAGGCCAUCAGGUCUACCAAGCGCUGGAACCGCGAUCACAAGACCACCGCCCUGCCCGAAGCCGCCUUCUGCGCCAGCUACCUAAAGCAGCAAUCCAAGCGUGACGCUCCACUGGCCGCCUACAUGCAGAGAAGCAUGGCAAGACGCGUCCGGCAACGACCUGCUGCGGCAUCACGCCCGCGGCCCAGAACCCUCGACGAAUUCUGCCAACUCGUCUCGUGGCAGGACGUUCUCGACACGGCUCGACAUGUACUCAUGCGUGAUAGACAGGAAACGAUGGCGCACCUGGACGGGCGAGAUUCAUUUUAA